AAACCAAUUCCAGAGAUCAUUAUCGUUCCUAAACAAUUUCAAAACCACAAUGUUCAACAACAACAGUGUCUCGAUCUCAGUAUCAGACGACGAAUCCAACGAUUUGAAUCGGAUCCGAGCUCGAACCCGACGAAAGCGGAAGAAAUUGAGUCACAGAACCACCUACGAGCUUCCUCGUCACGUUCUAAGGCUUUUCGUGAGAUACUGGGUCGUAUUAGUUUUUCUUCUCGCAGUUGUGUUGCUUGUAUUUGAAUCAACGAGGAUUGGGAUCAAAUCUAGUGUGUUGAAGAAUCCAGAUUCGAGUGGAAAAGAGAGUCCUAGUAAGAAAAAUGAAGGAAAUUUGAAUCGAUUGGAUCCGACUACGAAGGUUAUUGGUGGUGUUAGACAACGUUGUUUGAAGCUUUUGCCACCUGAGGAGCUUGAGCAUCUUGAUAUCUUAGAGCGGAAAGAUUCAGGCACUCCGGUUAAGAGAGUUGUGUAUCUAACUGAUGCGGAUGUGUCGAUGGGUGAAAUGAAAGCUGUUCGAGGUAAUGGGACGCGGUUUAAUUUAUUCACGGGGAAUCAGACUUUUGCUGAGAGAGAGAAUAGUUUUCAGGUAAGGGAAACAGUUUCUUUGCAUUGUGGAUUUUUUAAUGAAAAUGGGGGGUUUAGGAUUUCGGAUAAGGAUAAGAGGUUUAUGCAAACAUGUGAAGUUGUAGUCUCGACGUGUGCGUUUGGUGGUGGUGAUAAUCUUUAUGAACCUAUUGGAAUGUCUAAGGCAUCAAGUCAAAAGGUUUGCUAUGUUGCGUUUUGGGAUGAAGUUACUCUUGCAACACAAGAAGCAGAGGGUCAUAAGAUCGAUGAGAAUGAUCACAUUGGAAAGUGGCGUAUUGUGAUUGUAAAGGAUCUGCCUUUUACAGACCAAAGGCUUAAUGGGAAGAUCCCAAAGAUGUUGGCCCAUCGCCUUUUCCCGGAUGCCAAGUACUCGAUUUGGGUAGAUUCAAAGUCCCAGUUUAGAAGAGACCCACUUGGUGUACUAGAUGCUCUUCUUUGGAGAACAAACUCGGUGCUUGCAAUUUCAGAACAUGGAGCUCGAAGCAGCGUAUAUGAUGAGGCAAAAGCUGUUGUCAAGAAACACAAAGCUACACCCGAAGAAGUUGAAGUCCAAAUAAAUCAAUACCGACAUGACAAAUUACCUGAAGAUAAAAGAUUCAAUGGGAAAAAAGCUUUAUCUGAAGCCUCUGUGAUUGUGAGGGAACACACUCCAUUGACAAAUCUCUUCAUGUGCCUCUGGUUCAAUGAAGUUGUCCGCUUCACUUCGCGUGAUCAAUUGAGUUUCCCAUACGUUCUUUGGCGAUUGAAAGUUCUCAAGAACAUCAACAUGUUCCCUGUGUGUACACGUAAAGAUCUCGUCAAUAGCAUAGGCCAUUUAGAAACUCCUCUUUGUAUCUCAUAUUCUUCUCCGAUCAUGCUAACUAGAAUCAUCUUCCUCAUCGCUGUCGCCACUGCUUUCCUCGUUGUUCUUCUACUCGCUUUAUUCUCACCCGUUCCUGAUUACGACCCGCCUGGAUCAUUCUUCUCCUUCUCCCUCUAUGUUCAACAAACCCACACCCCAUCUUCCUCCUAUUCUUCUCGUCGGUCCAGCCAACACAUAGCCCAACCGCACAGCCACGGAGGAGGAAAAGGAGCAUUGAUAUUCCGGCGUACUCUUACGGAAGGACCCGAAAACAAUUCACGGAUCGUAGGCAAAGCCGAGGGAUUUAUAAUCCCACAUGAAGACUUUGCUAACUCGGAUUUUAACGUGAUAUACUUGACGUUGGAGACUCCUGAGUACACCGGGAGUGUUAGCAUUAGGAGCAGAGACAUGGCACAUAAAUUGAAAGAGGUUAUGGAGGUAGUAGGAGGGACAGGAGCUUUCGCUUUUGCUCGCGGAAUCGCCAUGUUUAAUGAGAUUGAUGAUCAUGAGGAAGAAGCUGUAACCACUUACCGUGUUAAGCUUCUGCUUAGAUUUCCACAUACUUCUCACGUAGAUCCACAAUGAUGAACACUUUUGUAUUACAAUACAUAUAUCUGUGUAUAAAUAAAGUUAUUUACAGAUU